UUCCUCCCACUCUCUCUCUCUCUCUUCUGUCAUUCAAGAAAGAGAAAACCGAAAAAAUCUCAAAGAAACAAAGAUAUAUAUCACCAAAGCAAAUCAAAGCAAAGCUGUAUUAUAUGUAUUGUAGUUAUACAUACAUAUAUGUAGUAUUACAAUCCUAGCUUCUAUCUAGCUAAGCUUACCCCCCCCCCCCCCUCCAUUGAAUUGAAGUUUGGUCUAUCAUGGAAGCUGACAACAAUGGCGGCCGCCUCAAUUUUCCCCUACAAUUGCUAGAGAAAACAGAAGAUAUUAUUUCUAAUUCCUCUUCUAUGUCCACUGCUAUUAUUCCUGUUUCACAGGAUUUGAGCAAGAAGGCUCCGGCGAAGAGGACGUCGACGAAGGACCGGCACACGAAGGUGGACGGGCGGGGCCGGCGGAUACGAAUGCCGGCCACGGCGGCCGCUAGGGUUUUCCAGCUCACCAAGGAAUUGGGCCACAAAUCCGACGGCGAAACCAUCGAGUGGCUGCUCCAGCAAGCGGAGCCGGCCGUGAUCGCCGCCACCGGCACCGGCACAAUCCCGGCGAACUUCACCUCGCUCAAUAUCUCCGUCCGGAGCUCCGGCUCCACCAUGUCCGCUUCCUCGCAUUUACGAAACAUCAACAGUUAUUUCCACGGUUACUCCCAGUUGCGCCUCAUGGAGGAGUCUCAGCGCCGGAUUAUGCUCGGACUCUCGUCGGAAUAUUCUCCGGCCGCCGCCGCCGCCUUGGCGUUAAAUUUCGGUUUCGCCAAUAGCAACGAUGAAGUGAAUGUGGCUAUGUUACAAGCCAAGCAAGAGGUCGGCGGGGAUCGGCACUCGUCGCCGGCGUUACACAACUACAUGUCCGGCGCCGGCGCCGGAAACUACAUGCUGCAAUCGACCUCCGGCUGCAUUCCGGCCAGCCAGGGACAAAUUCCGGCCACCACAACGUUGUACAGAAUGGGAAAUAAUCAUAAUCCUAGUACUAGCGGCGGCGGCCACGACCCGUGUUUAUGGGCAUUGCCGGCUAAUAAUAACUGCGGCGGACUGCAUUUGAUGAACUUUCCGACGCCGGUGGUGGCAGUUAGCAACGGCGGCGCCACGGUGGCGGAAGGGCAGCCCACCGGCAUGUUCGCCGCCACACUAAAUGGUUUUAGGUCGUCAAUGGAUGAUAGCCGGUAAGAUAGGAACCAAUGCAAACAAUUCCUUUCCUUUUUAAGUAAUAAUUAUUAAUAUAUAAUUAAUCAAAUCAAUCACAAAACAAUAAUAAUAAUAAUAAUAAUGUAUGGCUUGUUAAUUACUUCUUAGUUUGCUUAAAUUUCCUAUCUUAAUAUACAGUUUUUAGUGUUAUGAAAUAUGAAGUUGCAAUAUUGAAGGCCGGAGAUAUGAUAAUUAUAUAUAUUGUUAUA